ACGUGUCAUAUAUACAUACAUUACCGACUCUUAUAUUAUACACCUCUCUCGCUCUCUCUAAUCUCAAUCGAUUUCCUUCUUCAAAAUGGGUGAAGAGAGAAACAUGAUGGAAGAGAGUCUAUUAGCAAAAGUACAAAUUGAUUCAAAAACAGAGAGUGGUGAUGAAGAAGAACAGAGGAAGAAGAGAAUAAUUAGUUGGGAUAUUUACAUGGAAGAAAUGACGAGGAUUUGUUACAUAUCAGGGCCUAUGGUAGCUGUAGUAUUAUCAACUAAACUGUUGCAAGUUGUUUCAACUAUGAUUGUUGGUCACUUAGGUGAACUCUAUCUCUCUAGCGCCGCCUUAUCUAUUUCCUUCACCGGUGUCACUGGUUUCAGCUUCUUGCUGGGAAUGGCUAGUGGACUAGAAACAACAUGUGGACAAGCUUAUGGAGCUAAACAAUAUCAAAGAAUAGGAAUGCAAACAUACACAGCUAUAUUUUCUCUCAUAUUAGUUUGUAUUCCACUCUCUUUCAUUUUGAUCAACAUUGAAAACAUACUAGUUUUUACAGGACAAGACCCUUUAAUUGCACAUGAAGCAGGAAGAUUCACAAUUUGGCUUCUUCCAGCAGUUUUUGCUUAUGCAAUAUUGCAACCACUAGUUAGAUAUUUUCAAAUACAAAGCUUGCUUUUUCCAAUGCUUUUAAGCUCUUGUGUCACUCUUGGUAUCCAUGUACCUCUUUGUUGGGCUUUGGUAUUCAAGACAGGGUUAGGUAAUGUUGGUGGUGCAAUAUCAAUGAGCAUUUCCAUUUGGUUGAAUGUAAUUUUUCUUGGAUUAUAUAUGAGAUUCUCUUCUGCGUGUGCAAAAACUAGAGCGCCGAUUUCUAUGGAACUAUUUCAAGGAAUUUGGGAGUUUUUUCGCUUUGCCAUACCUUCCGCAGUAAUGAUUUGCCUUGAAUGGUGGUCCUUUGAGCUAAUGGUCUUGCUCUCUGGGCUGUUACCAAAUCCACAACUUGAAACUUCUGUUCUAUCUGUUUGGUAUGUUGGCUAUCAUUUUUUUACUAAUGUUCCAUCAAUCAUAUUGUUUGUGUCAUUUUUGCUAACUCUUUCAUUUUUGUAUAGUCUAAAUACCAUUGCAACUCUCUAUACAAUACCAUUUGGAAUUGGUGCUGCAGCAAGCACAAGAGUUUCAAAUGAAUUAGGAGCUGGGAAUCCAUUUGAAGCACGCAUCGCUGUAUUGGCUGCUAUGUCACUUUCACUCAUUGAAACAAGUAUUGUGAGUUCAACCCUAAUUGCAUGCAGGCAUGUUUAUGGUUACAUUUUCAGUAAUGAUAAAGAAGUUGUUGAUUAUGUCACUGUCAUGGCUCCUCUAGUUUCUUUGUCUGUUAUAUUCGACAGCGUACAAGGCGUUCUCUCAGGGGUUGCUAGAGGUUGUGGAUGGCAACACCUAGGAGUAUAUGUCAAUCUAGGGGCCUUCUAUCUCUGUGGGAUUCCUGCUGCUGCUGCAUUGGCAUUUUGGGUUCAAGUGGGAGGAAAAGGGCUUUGGAUUGGCAUACAAGUUGGUGCUUUUGUUCAAUGUGUUCUUCUUUCCAUCAUAACAUGUUGUAUAAAUUGGGAGCAACUGGCAAUGAAGGCUAGACAAAGGUUGUUUGAUGUUCAAUUUUCAGCAGAGGAUAGACUUGUAUAAUAUGAGUGAAGGCCAAAUUUGUUUAGGGGAUCAAAUUUGUUAUAGUAUCCUGAAGCAUGUGGCUAAGCGAGCUAUAGCGAGGAGUGAAUAGUGUUUUUUGACUCAGCGAGCUAAGCCUGGCUUAGCGAGCACUAUAGAAGUUAGUUUUCUGUUAUGACAGUUAGAGUCAAAGUUUGUUAGGAAGUUAUUAACUUUGUUUACGGUUGUCAAGUAGUUAUGUUUGUUACUUGGAUCAUAAGUAACCUUGGUUGUAGUAUAAAUUGAAUGAAAUCAUAACUUUUCCCUCUUAUCUCUUA